CUGUCAUUGACUUCGAGUUGUAGCCAUCAGUGUCAACAGCAUGCUUCAGACAAGUCUCAUCCCAACCGGUCACGCGGAUCUUGUAACCCACGCGACAUACGAUUUCUACGGCGAGAAGUUGGCAACGUGCUCGGCGGACCAUAAGAUCAAGAUCUUCCGCAAGUCACCCGACGGGACAUGGGAGCUGGAGACGGAGUGGAAGGCGCACGACGCACCGAUCCUGCGGCUUUCCUUUGCGCACCCAAUUCACGGCGUCCUUCUCGCCUCAUGUAGCCACGACCGCACUGUGCGCAUCUGGGAGGAGCAAUUGCCUGCGGCGGGGAGUAACGCCGCGCCGAAGUGGAUCGAGCGCGGUGCCCUCACCGGAGCCAAGGGAAGUGUGCGCUGUGUCGAAUUCGCUCCGCCUAACCCGGCGUACGGGCUGCGCGUGGCGAGCAUAUCGACCGACUCUCAUCUGCGGGUGCACACAUCCCUCGACCCGGAUCUGAACGACUGGUCGCUCGCGCACGAUGUGCACGUGCCCAGCCUGGCGAGCGAGGACGUCGGCGAGGCGCAGGGCACGACGCCCGCAGAGGCCGCGACGGGAGGGUGGUCGCUGUCGUGGUGCAGGGAAAAGUGGUGGGGUAGCGUCGUGGCCGUGUUCACGGGCAACUCGCCCGUCGCGCGCAUCAUUCAGCUCGACGCUGUACCAACCGCUCUCCUGAAUCUGCGCCCGCCUGGCGUAUCCCCGCUCACUGCUAUCGCGUGGGCGCCGUCGUGCGGGAGGUCAUACCACCUCAUCGCAACCGGCGCACGUGAUGGCACAGUGCGCAUCUGGCGUGUUGAGCCACCGUCCGAUGACGACGAAGGGGCCAAGACCUGGGACUCUGAGGUCGUGGCUGAGUUCCCGAAGGGCGCGCGUGUCGGAAUGGUUGAGUGGAAUGCGACGGGCACGACCCUUACGACGUCCGACGACGAGGGCGUCAUCCGCAUUUACAAGCCGACCUACGCGAAGAACUGGAAGCUUCUCGGUAAGAUGACGGCUGAGGAGCCUCCAGCGGAGGACUAGGGUAUUCAUAGAUGAGAGCCUCAUGUAAACUUAUUACCAGGUG